AAAACCGCAUCAUCUUCACAAAUCCAUAGCAUUGGUUGUUUUAGACGCCUUUUCGUAACCCUAGAAACAGUUCGUUGUUCCAUCCGCCAUUGCUUCCUUUUUGCUCGAUUUUCUUCACCAAUUUUGUUUUUUUUCAUGAAUAGAUCGUCGGCGGUGGUCUGUGGAACUUGGAGAUUAAUUUCAUGGGGAUUUUGAUGGGAUGAGUUCUCGUUGAUUUCUUCAGUUGAUACUGGUUUCUCUGUUGGCAUUAGGGUUUUGGAAUCCGGUUUCUUUUGAAGCUUUUUGCAGGAUUGGUAUCCGGUUUCAUGUGACUGAUAGAGUUGGAUUUGGGGUCUGAUUUUCUGGUAAGGUUGAAGUCUCACGGUCGACAGCCCAUAAAGUCAAUAGCUUGCUAACCAGAAAGAUGUCUUCUAAAUAUCCUGUGCUUGAUAACCGACCGAUUGAUCAAUGGAAGGUGACUGAGCUAAAGGAAGAACUACGAAAGCGGGGAUAUCCACUAAGGGGCUUGAAGGAGGAACUAGUGAGAAGGCUGGAUGAAGCUCUUCGCAAGGAGGCAGAUGAAUCUAAAAUGGAAGAAGAGCAACCUGCACAAGAAGAGCAAGCUGAGGAGAGUAAUGGUUCUGAUCCCCAAGAUAAUUGUGAUAAAGACGAGGUUCAGAAGCCACCUGCACAAGAAGAGCAAGCCGAGGAGAGUAGUGGUUCUGAUCCCUUAGGUAACUGUGAUAAAGAGGAAGUUCAGAAACCACCUACAGGAGAUGAUGCCAGAGUCGCUGUGGAAAAGAACUUGAAAACUGAUGAUGGUGUAACUACCAUUGAUGUUUGUAACAGUGACAAAGAUGUCAAUCAGGAUGUUCAAACACAAGACAAGGAUGAGAUCCCUACUGCAAGUUCCACUGGGACGGUUGAGGAGAUGUCUGUUAACAAUAUGCCUAUAGAAACUAGCAGCCUGGCGGUCAGUGAAAGUGUAGUUACUCAGGAAGGUUCAAGCGCCCAGGUUACAAGCGACAAUAAAAUCAUGGAUUCAGAGCCUCCUCUUGUGGAUGUCAAGCUCAGCGCGUCCAAGCAAAUCAACCAGGUAUCUGAGGUCAGCAAUUUAGAGUUUCAAGUAAAGUGUGAAUCAAUUUCUACUGAUUAUGUGUCAAUUAAUGAAAAGAAUGAACAAAAGGAUAAUUUCAAUGCUAACAAUUUCCCUUUAGAACUAGAAGUUGUUAAGUCAGAGAUGGUGCAACCAUCAUCGGGCAAUUGUCCUCCCAUUGGUGAUUAUAUGCACCCCAAGGAUGGUGAUAAAGAGCCUGGUGAGAGCCAUGCCUCAUUGGAAGACAGAGACAUUAAAUGUGAUACUGAGGUGGUGGUUCUUGACACUAGAAACGAUAGUAUGGAUGAAGGGGCACCAGAAAAAUUAAACCUAGAUAGAAGUCCUAAUGUUAACUCAAUGGAAGAGGAUGUCCUGGAGAAUAAGCAUGUUGAUUCUCAAAGUAUUGGAAUGGAAGAGAAAAGUGAACUUAACAAGGUGAAUGAUAAAGGAGACCAGAGUGCAAUUGAUGUUGUGGAAGUCAGCUGCACUCUUGAUAAAAAGAUUAUUGCUGCUGAUGAAGACAUGCAACCUGCACCUGUUGCUGGGAAGAGACAAUCAGAAGCUGCUGAGGUCAAGGAGCCUGUGAAAAGGCAGCGGCGUUGGAAUUCAGAGACUGUCCAAGUGCCCAAUAUACAAACACCGAACCUUACAUCAUCCGAUACACCAAAGGAUGCAUCUCAGCCUACUCCUAGGCGUAAUUUUACCAGGUCUGACUCAACAAUUAGUGGAGGUUCACCAAAAGAGCGUAUUGUUCCACCUUCACAGAAAUCUGCCACAACUUCUCUGCGAAUUGAUCGCUUUUUGCGUCCCUUCACUCUAAAAGCAGUAAGGGAGCUGCUUUCAAAAACAGGAUCAGUCUCUGAAUUUUGGAUGGACCAUAUCAAGACACACUGCUAUGUGACAUAUUCAUCAGUAGAAGAGGCCAUAGCUACUCGGGAUGCUGUCUACAAUAUCCAGUGGCCUCCAAAUGGAGGUCGUUUGCUCGUUGCCGAAUUUGUGGAUCCUCAAGAAGUGAAGGCACGGGUAGAGGCUCCUGAAUCUCCUGUUCCUGUUACACCCAGCCCUGCUAUCCCAACAGUUACUCCCUCUCAACAACCUCGACAUCCUCAACCUUCUCCACAUCAGCAUGGUAGGCAGCAGCUACCUUCCCCGCCCACCCUUCCUCCUCCCCCACCUCUAUCUAACCCACCACCAGUAAGGGAACAACUUCCACCACCUCCACCACUGCCAAAGAAACCGGAACCACCUGUUGUGACCCUUGAUGAUUUAUUCAGAAAGACUAAAACCACUCCGAGGAUCUACUACUUGCCCUUAUCUGAUGAACAAGUUGCGGCCAAACUUCCAGCGCAGCGCCCCUCCAUCAGGGAAUAAACAAACAAUGUUCUUCACAAGGAUGUCUCAUUUACAUGGUAGCAGCAGCCAGACUAGUCAUGGUGUGCUAGUUUUGUGGAUGUGAUGUGGUAAUCAGCUCAGUUUGGCUUGUUUGAGGUUGAAGAUGCUUGUGAAACCCAUUCCAGUUUUUACCAAGCCUUGAUUUCUGGAUUCAGUGAUGAAAUUUGACAGUUAUGGAUCUUUUGUUCUAAUCCAACCAGAUAAUGUCAUCAAUGCAGGAUCUUAUCAUAGUUCUAUUCAUCUGUUGAACCAUUUGAUCUCCAACAACCCUAUUAAGUAACAUGCUUUUAUUCAGCUUUGCAUCAUCAAUGUUGUCAGUCAUAUGCUCUGAAUCUACUUGUUUUCUUGUCCCAUUUUGUUUAAAGUCUCAAGUCAUUUUGUCUCA